UUAUAUUAGUGCAGAACACUGUACCUUUAAUUUAAAUGCCCUUGGAGUCUGCUGGGGAAGAGAAAUAAUACUGUCAGUCAGUAUGACAUGCAGAUGAGUGCCGUCGAUCUUAGAAUCACCGCACACUUCACUCAUUUGGGCAGUAGAAGAAAGUAGGAUGAGGAUGAGAAGAAGAAGAAGAAGAAGUAGGAUGAGGAUGAAGAAGAAGAAGAAGAAGAAGAAAAGAAGAAGUAGGAAGAAGAAAAGAAGAAGAAGAAGAAGAAGAAGAAGAAGAAGAAGAAGAAGAAGAAGAAGAAGAAGAAGAAGAAGAGAAGAA